AAAGGGUGGUAGCCGGCUCCCGAGGAACACAGCUGCGUCUGGCUGCAGGGCCAAGAGCACUGUCAGGAGAGCCACACCCCCUCUGGGGCAGCAGAAUCGCCACCAUCAACAGCAGCAACAGGACAGACCUCUGUCACAAGGCACCUCUGAGAACUUCAGGAUGCGGAUGUAUCCAGUCUUUGCCUGCCUAGCCCUGGGCCUGGCCCUCGUCUUUGGUGAAGCGUCGGCCUCCCACCCCCGCCAGACUGGGGCGGUGCAACUGGCUACAGACUUCGGAGUAAAGGUGUUUCAGCAGGUGGCACGGGCCUCCAAGGACCGCAACAUGGUUUUCUCCCCCUAUGGGGUGGCCUCAGUCCUGGCCAUGUUGCAGCUGACAACAGCAGGAGAGACCCGGCAGCAGAUCCAAGAGGCCAUGAAGUUCCAGAUUAAUGAGGAGGGCAUGGCGCCUGCCCUCCGCCAGCUGUACAAGGAACUCAUGGGGCCGUGGAACAAGGAUGAGAUCAGCACUGCCGAUGCCAUCUUCGUGCAGCGGGAUCUGAAGCUGGUCCGAGGCUUCAUGCCCCACUUCUUCAGCCUGUUCCAGACCACGGUCAAGCAGGUGGACUUCUCCGAGGUGGAGAGAGCCAGGUUCAUCGUCAACGACUGGGUGAAGAGACACACAAAAGGCAUGAUUGGUAACUUACUGGGCAGAGGGGCCGUGGACCAGCUGACGCGCCUGAUGCUGGUGAAUGCCCUCUACUUCAAUGGCCAGUGGAAGACACCCUUCCCCGAGUCGGGCACCCACCACCGCCUCUUCCACAAAUCCGACGGCAGCACUGUCUCUGUGCCCAUGAUGGCUCAGACCAACAAGUUCAACUACACCGAGUUUUCUACCCCUGACGGCCAUUACUACGACAUCCUGGAAUUGCCCUACCACGGGGACACUCUCAGCAUGUUCAUUGCCGCUCCUUAUGAGAAAGAGGUGCCUCUCUCUGCCCUCACCGACAUCCUGGAUGCCCAGCUCAUCAGCCAGUGGAAAGGGAAUAUGACCAGGCACCUCCGCCUCCUGGUUCUGCCCAAGUUCUCCCUGGAGAGCAAAGUCAACCUCCGGGGGCCCCUGGAGAGCUUGGGGAUGACCGACAUGUUUAGGCCAAACCAGGCGGACUUCUCGAGUCUUUCAGAUCAAGAGGGACUGUAUGUGUCGCAGGCACUGCAAAAAGUGAAGAUCGAGGUGAAUGAGAGUGGCACGGUGGCGUCCUCCUCUACAGCCAUCAUCGUCUCAGCCCGAAUGGCCCCCGAGGAGAUCAUCAUGGACAGACCCUUCCUCUUUGUGGUGCGGCAUAACCCCACAGGAACGGUCCUUUUCAUGGGCCAAGUGAUGGAACCCUGACCGUGAGAAAAGCAGCCCUUAUCUGGGACAGAACUGGAGAUGUAUCCGAGAAAGAAGGAACUCCAAAGGGGAAAAUAUAUAUAUAUUUUAAUUAAUUUUUCUGGAGGAAAAAAAAAAGGUAAAUCUUUCGAAUCUGCCUCCCAGACCUCAGCCUCUGCCAGGAGUGGGGAAGAGGACCUUUCAGUAAAACUGUCUUGUGGAGCCCCCAGGAGAGACUCUGAAGCACAGCUGGGUCUCCACACCAGACUGUAAAACUCUGUACAACCCACCAGCACUGCUGCUUCUGCCCAGCGCUCUGCCCCUCCGGGUCUUCGGACCUGGACCCCGCUGAGACCCUGGCAGGAUGGCACCCCAAGGCUUAUGGGAGCUUUUGUGUGCUUGGUAGAAACGAUUUGUGUUCCAGUCACGUUGCCGUCACUCUCACACUGUCUUCCACUGCUAAGGAGGCUGGCGGCGAGCCAAAGGCCAGUGGGAGAGGCGCCCUUUCAGCUCGAGGUCUGUGCUGCCCCAGCUCAGAGGUCACGCGGAUGGGCAGCACCCCUGCCCACACCGUGUGGAGACCCGCCCUGACCUGGCCGUCUCCCUCCCCAGAAACAGUGUGCAUAUGUUCUUUUGGAGUGUAGGUGACCUGUUUACUCAUAGGAGCGGGUUUCUGCUUCCCACUAACUUUAUUUUGCAGGAAUGGAGGAACAAAAGUGAGAUGUGUGCCUGGCUCUUGGCUCUCAACUCCUGGUGGGGAGGAUGGGAUGCCAGGGGUGUGCUUCAGUAUUUAUUACACCCUUGUCCUUGUGUGCUUGUGAGAAAGAGGAUGCUCAAGAAAAACGUAUUAUAUGAACUUGCUUGUAAUGUUCCCUGGUGGUCUGUGUCUUGCAUCUCAGGAGUCUGGCCCCUUGACUAGCUGCCCCUCUGGGCGGCAAGUGUGGUGGGGCCCACACUGCCACCUUGUGGCUUCCCGAGCCCCUGGCUCCUCUCCCUUCCUGGCCCUUCCACUUGAUGGCUGAGACCCCCGCCAAGAUUAUCCACCUUUAGGGACCAAAACGAUGUGGUGGGUCAGAGAGAUUACAGCGAGAACAGAGUGGUUUCAAAAUUUUCCAAUAUAUUUAGGAACAGGAGAGCAAGGGGCUGCACGACCUAGCAGGACAGAACUUUCCCCAAUUACAGGGUGAUUCACAGCCGCAUUGGUGACUCACUUCGAUGUGUCAUUUCCGGCUGCUGUGUGCGAGCAGUGGACACGUGAGAGAGGGGGAGAGAGAUUGAGAGAGAGAGGAGAAUGAGAGAGACCAUGAGCUCGGACUUAACUACCCUAGCUAGAUAAUCUUUCUGAAAACCAACGAGCUAGAGGGCAUGGUAUGAAGACCAAUUUGUUGAAGAAUUGCACAUAGAUGUCGAAUGAAUGAAUGUAAUCCAAAUAGGACCCUGAUAACCUCCCUCCCCCACCCCCGUGCUCUUCAGUGAAAAAUCUUUGUUCUUUGUUUGUUUGUUUCUCAUAAUGCACUGGACAUAGCUACACACAGUACCCAUAAGGAUACCCAAAUGUGGGGUCCAACAUUCUUGAAGUUGUGUUGAAUCAUAUGAUUUUUCACUUUUGAUAUUUAAACGAGUAAAAUAUUUUUUAAAAAUAAUAAAAUAAAUUAAUUAAAAUAUU